AUGGCCUCCCAACAACCACUCGAGUUGGGGCUCGGCGCCUACUCCAUCCCAUCUCCUACGGAGAGGCCGAUCCCGUACCUCGCCACUGUCUUCCUGUUCAUCGUGUUGUUCUACACUCUCGGCGAUAGCGGCCCAAAGCUGUCAGAGAUCAACCCCCUUCAACCGUUCGAAUUCACCAAUCGACGCCGCAUGACUGAGUUCAUCCAACAGAGCAAGGAGUUGAUGCUCAAGGCAAAGGCAGCUUUCGGAAACAACCCUUACAGAAUGCACUCAGAAUGGGGAAGCUCCGUGGUUUUGCCUCCCGACUUCAUCCAUGACUUGCGCAGCGACCCCCGCCUCGACUUCAUGACCCCGGCUCGCGAUGAUUCCCACGGAUACAUUCCCGGAUUCGAGCCGUUCAAUGGCAAUCCAGAGAUCCAUAAAGUUGUCACCAAAUACCUGACAAAAGCACUGACUAAGCUCACAAAGCCAAUCUCCGAGGAGGCUACCAUCGUUCUGAAGCAAGUCCUCACGGAUUCGAAAGAAUGGCACGAGAUGAUUCCGAAAGACGACAUCAUUCGCAUUGUCUCCCGCCUGUCUACCCGAGUAUUCAUGGGGGAAGAGCUCUGCCGCGACGACGAGUGGGUUCAAGCUUCCUCGCAAUACACCGCUGCCGCCUUUUCCGUUGGAUGGGAACUCGGAUACUACCCCCGCUGGGCUAGACCAUACGUUCACUGGUUUCUGCCGUCUUGCUGGGAGGUUCGCAGUCUCCUGAGCCACGCCCGGAAAGUUCUCAAGCCGCAUCUCGAACGCCGAAGCGCCAAGAAGGCGGCAGCUCUAGCUCGCGGAGAUAAGAGCGUGGUCUUUGACGACGCAAUCGACUGGUUUGAGGAAGCCUACAAGAACAAAUACGACCCCGCGAGCGAGCAAAUCACGUUGUCCCUGGUUGCCAUCCACACCACUAGCGAUUUGCUUCAGCAGACCAUGCUCGAUCUUGCGCAGCACCCAGAGCUAUUACAGCCUCUUCGCGAGGAGUUGGCUCGAGUCUUGAGCGCAGAGGGCCUGAAGAAAACGGCGCUGUACAACCUGAAGCUCAUGGACAGCGUCAUCAAGGAGUCCCAGAGAAUGAAGCCAGUCUUGCUUUCUACCUGGCGCCGAUUGGCUACCGAUGACAUCGAGCUUUCCAAUGGCUUCGUCGUUAAAAAGGGUCAGAGAGUCAUCGUCACCAACACCCACAUGUGGGAUGGCGAGUGGUACGAGAACCCAGAGACAUACGACGGCUAUCGCUUUUUGAACAUGCGCAACACCGAAGAGGAGAAGCAUGCCCACCUCGUCAGCACCAGCGCGAAGCACCCUGCUUUCGGUCACGGCCAGCACGCGUGCCCCGGUCGCUUCUUCGCCUCCAACGAGAUCAAGAUUGCUUUGGCUCACCUCCUCCUCAAGUACGACUGGAAGCUUGCGGAUGGCUCUAACCCGCAGCCUGUACCCUUCGGCAUGGCUUUGCUGCCGGAUCCCAGGGCUAAGCUCCUUAUCCGUAGGCGCAAGGAAGAAAUUGACCUGGACUCCCUCGAAUGCUAG